CGCGGGCGCGGAGCUAUAAGGGCAGCGCGGCGCGGCGGGGCGCGCAGCAGCAACCAUGGGGAACCGUGUCACCCGCGACGACUUCGAGUGGGUCUACACGGAGCAGCCCCACACGCAGCGCAGGAAGGAGAUCCUGGCAAAGUAUCCAGAGAUCAAGACUCUGAUGGGACCAGAUCCACAUUUAAAGUGGAUUGUAUCUGGAAUGGUUUGCAUGCAGCUGCUGGCAUGCUACCUGGUGAAAGACUUAUCUUGGAAAUGGAUUUUCUUCUGGGCUUAUGCUUUUGGGGGUUGCAUCAACCACUCCCUGACCCUCGCCAUCCACGAUAUUUCCCACAACGUGGCCUUUGGGAACAAGCAGGCCAAGUGGAACCGCUGGUUUGCAGUCUUUGCCAACCUGCCCAUUGGCAUCCCCUACUCUGCCUCCUUCAAGAAGUACCACAUUGACCACCACCGCUACCUGGGAGGGGACAGCCUGGACGUGGACAUUCCCACGGACUUUGAGGGCUGGUUUUUCUGCACGCCGCUCCGCAAGCUGCUGUGGCUGUUCCUCCAGCCCCUGUUCUACAGCCUGAGACCGCUCUACGUCAACCCCAAAGCCAUCACACGCAUGGAGAUCCUUAAUGCUCUCGUCCAGUUUUCUACAGACCUCAUCAUUUACUACCUCUGGGGGCUCAAACCUGUUCUUUACUUAAUAGCAGGUACAAUUCUUUGCUUGGGUUUUCAUCCCAUUUCUGGGCACUUCAUAGCAGAACACUACAUGUUCCUAAAAGGGUAUGAGACGUACUCUUAUUAUGGACCUCUGAACUGGCUCACCUUCAAUGUAGGCUACCACAUGGAGCACCAUGACUUCCCCAGCAUUCCUGGAUGCAGGUUGCCCAUGGUGAAGAAGAUUGCAGCAGAGUAUUAUGAUAACCUCCCACAUCACCAGUCCUGGAUUCGAGUUCUGUGGGACUUUGUUUUUGAUGACACUCUUGGUCCCUAUUCAAGGGUUAAGAGACUGUGCAAGCUGGCAAAGGAAAGCUAACAGGGCAGCUCUGCCUGCUGCAGUGCUGUGUGUUUGUUCAUUCCCAUGACUCCUGUUUCCUGCAGAAAUAGAAGGAUCUCUGCAUGUGCUGAACUAAAGUUGGUGCAUGCUGCUUAUACAUAUGCACACCCAAGAGGAUGGGUGUAGAAAUGAAGCAAUUUUAGACAAGUGAUGUGUUUUAAUAAAGGAUGUUUGUAUAUAUAACCCUCAGAACUUAGAUUAGAGUGAACUACAAUUAGAUGAACCUUUGGUCUAGGCUACAAUUAACUUCCUGGGACAUGUGCCUAGGCCUAAGUUUUAGCUUUGUCUGUGGGGGAGAAUGUUUGUUGUGUGUUAUGUGUGAGCAUGUGUGUGUGUGUAGUUCAGGACUGGUUUCUCUUGAUGCCAGAUUGGAGUAGAUGCUCUGUGUGCACAGGACUGUGGAAGUGGAAGACUGGCAUGCAGAAGUAAAUGAUACUCUCUGGAGAACACAAGGGUGCUUUUAGCUCAAUGUCUUGUCUAAUCUAAUAUCUUCUGAUAAUUGCUAAUACUGGAAAUUUUAUAUAUGCAAUGAAAUAUGUUGAUAUUUUUAUACAUCUGUAACAUUAUUUUAGUAGCUGCUGUUUGAUCUUUAUUUCAGAGCUUUGUCUAAACAGUUUCUGAAUGAAUUUCCAUUCUUAGGAUCUAAUACUAUUGCUAAAUAACAGAUCUGAACUGUGGCAAGGAAAAAUCCUUCUUUAGUCUUCCACCUACUUCCUGAUCAGCAGCAUGGAUGUGCCUCUGGAGGAACUGGGUGGUCCUUUCUCACUCAGCUUUUCAACAGUAUUCAUAACUUCAUAUAUCUCUCCCUUUUCCCUAAUGUAUGUCCUCUGGGGAAAGGAGAGGUUCUAGUUUUAAUUUUUCCUUGCCAAGACUAUUAGCAUUCCUGGUCACCUUCCAUGGUCUCCUCUAUAUUAAACACCCUUCUGCAUGGGAUUUAGGAGUAGGUGUCAGUGAAGACAUGGAGGUAUCUUCAUGGUGGUAUUUAUUCCUAACUGCUUUCAGAAUAAUGGCAGAUUUUUUUUUCUCUGUCAUUCAAGGGGCACAACUUGACAUUUUGGAAGCACAUGAUACUCCAGCUAUUUAAAAUUGCCACUGGUGGUGUUAAGGGGAUGUACCUGGAACAUGCAGAUGGGGCAUUUCUCUCUAUCUCUUACUUGGUGCUACUGACAUUAACCUUCACCUCUCAUUUCUACCCACUGGCAUACCAAGCUCUUUCUGCCUGUCCUCUCCAGUUAUAAACUUCUGGCUAUCCUCAAUAAUUCUGUAUCAUCAAAAACCUUAAUCAACAUAACCUUUCUCCAAGCAGAACAGUAUCUUGGGAGUCAGGAAUUCAGAUGCCAUCUAGUAAAUUCCCUCUACCAUGGAAAGCUAGCGAAAUAUUUUUGUCCUUACAAAGUGAUUAAAAGAGAGAAAUUAUAUAUAUAUAAUUUCCCUGUAACCCUCUUAACAGUUUGGGUUUUUUCUUCUGGAAAUCUAUGGCUGUAACAAAGAAGAUUAUUGUGCAGCCUCAUUGGUCCCUCAGAGUAUGUGAUUAGACCUGGGAAGCCUCACUAAAUUUCCUCACUAAACACAAUUUUGUUCCUUCCUUCAGCAGCACUGGUUCCAGUGAGCCAGUCUGUCUGUUCACCAGACAGCUGAGCUAACCUGCAGCAAUUUGGGUUCCUCUUUCAUUUCCCCAUUCUCCAUUUUUCCCACCCAUGUGAUUUUGGCAGUUGGGUAAAUGAAUACCCAGGCUUGCUCAGCAGAUCAAGAUCAUUUGUAAUAGAGGGGCUGAGCACCAGUUUAUUCACCAAUACUGUUUUGUGCUUUUGGAUAAAAAGAGCAAGAAUGGGGCUUCUUCUAGCACUUCAGCCUUUACUGGUUCCUCUGUGAUGGACACACAUAAGACAUUAUAUCUUAAUUAUCAAAGCUGCUUCUCUCCCAGAGGAAGGGGUGUUGAUGUGAGAACUUCUUUUGUAUCAUGAUUACACGUUGUAUCAGUGCUCAUGUCAGGGAAUUUCUGUUUUUUAUUAAUUUACUUCAGAUUUGCUGGCACUCUUAUCAUGUAUUCAGCUUCCCAUGUCUUUAGCAGCUGUUCCUCAACUCUCUUGUCUAACUUAAUAAGUUAAUAUAAAAACCACAAUAAAGAUUAUGCUAUCUUCCUCAA